AAUUAACACGUAGUCAUGUCUCAAUUCAUUGAUUGUCUAUGCUGGCCUCUGUCCGCUAAUAUAUGUGGAACCCUAUACCAGCAUUUCAACGUAGGAAUUAUUAAAGUAUUAUAAACAAAAUGGCUUUAUCUACCGUAGCGAAAGUUGGAAUUGGAUGGUAGGAUUGCCUGUGUCACCACGACAUUGUUCGCUUUUGCUUUGUCAAAAAAAUAUAUUGACGGUCGUCGGUAUGAGAGUAUGAAAUCAAGGGAGCGCAUGAGAAAAGCAAACUUCAUUGACGAAGAAAAAGAAUAUUAGUUAUUGGAAAAUUUAUAGCAUUUAUAUUCUCAAACAAAGAUGGCAGGACUACCUCAAUUGGACGAAGAGAAACUUAAAUUGGUUCAAGAUCUGGAGAUAGAAAUGAUGUCCGACAUGUAUAAUCGUAUGACGUCUGCUUGCCACAAGAAGUGUAUACCACCCAAGUAUUUAGAACCUGAAUUAGGCAAAGGAGAAUCAAUAUGUCUAGAUAGGUGUAUUGCUAAAUAUUUGGAUGUUCAUGAAAGGAUUGGUAAAAAACUUACUCAAAUUUCAAUGCAAGAAGAUAAUUUCAUGAAAGGAAAAGUAGCUGAACAGCAGAAAAUACCAAGUUAAUAUAAGAUAAAUGUACUUUUAAUGGAAUUUAUGAAUAUGGAUUGUACGCAUUUCUAUAGUAAUUUUCUUCUAAGCUAGAAUAACAAACUAUUUGAAAUGUUAAUUCAGUGUUCCUAGUUCUCCUUUAUACGGAUGUCUUGCACAGGCAAGCAAGUAGUAAUAUGUAGAAUGAUAUGAGGAUUGUCACUUAAGUUUCAUUUAUGGUAUAAUCUACAAAUUUAUUUCAUUAUAACACCUUAAACUGUAAACAAGUUUGUGAAAUGAUACAAAGGGAAUGUAUUAAAAACUGUUAAGGAAA